AAAGAAAAAACGCGGAGCACCACUGAACGCACGGCGGAUGAAAAAUAUAGAAUCGCGCAUGCAGAAAACUUCUGCAAAUAUUGUUUGAUCAGACAUUAACAUUCACGUAUUAUUGUAUAAAACUCGCUUAAUUAGCAAAUGAGUUGAAUUUGUGCAUUUAACUUAUAACACCCAUGCAAAACGUAGCUAAAUCGUGCGUAAAAUCAGAGUGGAACAGCAAUUAAGCUACAAGAAGAACUAAACAACAAAAAACCCAACCCCCACUUAAACAAACUUUUAAUAAAACGACAGUGAAGUGCCGGAGAGUAAAACAUUCAAGAAACAACUGGCAACGCAACAAGUACAAGUACAUACUCGCGCCGCGCAGAAUAGAAAGCCCAGAAGCAGAACCAAACCGAACCGAACCGCAACGAGAGCAGAGCCGAGCCGAGCAGAGCAGCGCUGAAACCAAAGGCAAAGAAAAUUAAGUAAAGCAAAGCCCUAGAAAGCUCGAAAAUGUGGAACCAAACAACAGAGGCAGCACAAGCAACAGCCGCAGCAGCAACAAGUGAUAAUAGCAAGGAGGUGGCCAGUGCAGAGGAGUGUGGAUGUGCUGCCAACUCAUUUGAUAACAGUAAACAUCCAAAAUCCUCAUUUGGCGGCAAAAUCAACGAGAAGACGGAGCAAAGGGGCGACAACGACGACGACAACGCCAUUAACAAGCAAAAAGAAUUUGCAGCACAAAGCGAAACAAGUGAUUCUGGUUUUAUAUCUGGACCGCAAUCAUCGCAGAUCUUUAGCGAGGAGAUUAUCAGCGAGCACGACACCGCAACCGACACCGAAUCCAAGCCCAAGACCGCACCCGCCUUCGAGUCAUCGCAGAAAACCAGUCAGGCUCCCGAUCAAAAGCAAAUCUCUUCCGUGGUCCUUGAUUCGGGCAUCAUUGACGAGGUCGAAACCGAGGAGGAGGACAACGACGAACAGGAGCAACAGAAUCCAACAUCCUCCCAGGCUGGCAUCAAGCAACAGCCGGCCGCCACUGAACAAAUGCGCCUCAAACACAACACAGACGCCGGAAUACCACAAUGGACAGUCCAAAGCAAUCUGGCCGGACGUGGCGAGGUCCUCAACAAUCUGGGCACCAGCACCUCCAUUUCGGGCCGCAGCAAAGCCAUCAGUAGCGAUAACAAACCCACGAAUGCAGCAGCCUCAGCAUCUGCCUCUGGAUCGGCUAAUCUGAACAACAGCAGCAUCAAUAUCAUCAACGCCUGGGAGCAGUUCUAUCAGCAGAAUGACGACGGCGACACACCUCUGCAUUUGGCUUGCAUAUCGGGUUAUGUCGAUGUGGUGGCCGCUCUCAUACGCAUGGCGCCGCAUCCAUGCCUGCUCAAUAUCCAGAACGAUGUGGCACAAACCCCACUGCAUUUGGCUGCCCUCACAGCCCAACCGAACAUCAUGAGGAUGCUGCUACUGGCUGGAGCUGAGCCUACAGUUCGUGAUCGUCAUGGAAAUACUGCUUUGCACCUAUCCUGCAUUGCCGGCGAGAAGCAAUGUGUUCGUGCCUUGACGGAGAAGUUUGGUGCCACGGAGAUCCAUGAGGCACAUCGCCAGUACGGACAUCGUUCGAACGACAAGGCUGUUAGCUCCCUCAGCUAUGCCCGUCUACCCGCCGAUCUGGAGAUACGCAACUACGAUGGCGAACGUUGCGUACAUUUGGCUGCCGAAGCAGGUCACAUUGACAUUUUACGCAUUUUGGUAUCACAUGGAGCGGAUAUCAACGCUAGGGAGGGUAAAUCGGGACGCACACCUCUACACAUUGCCAUUGAGGGCUGCAACGAGGAUUUGGCCAAUUUCCUGCUCGACGAGUGCGAGAAACUCAAUCUGGAGACGGCCACCUUCUCCGGCCUGACGGCCUACCAGUUCGCGUGCAUCAUGAACAAAUCCCGAAUGCAGAAUAUACUCGAGAAACGCGGCGCCGAGACCGUAACGCCGCCCGAUAGUGAUUACGAUAGUAGCGAUAUUGAAGAUCUAGACGAUACGAAGAUGUACGAUCGUUUUGGUGAUCCGCGCUACUUUGUCAGCUACAACGGCGGCAAUCCCAUGACAGUUGCCUGAGUGCCCCAACCACUUGUACAUACCACCCCAUAACUUAGCCUAAAAAUACACAUACAUACACAUAUACGAUUAACGCAAAAAACAAAACCCGAAUUCCAAAACUUAACAAACUGGUUCAAUUGCUGUUCCUGCCUGCCCCUGCCCCUGCCACUGCAAAAUUAAGUAAAAUGUAUGCAAUAAUCUUUGACACACGUUCUCCCAUGCUCCCCAACCGAAGGAAUGAAUGUAAAGCACACACAUAAUAGUACUUAAAAUGAAAAUAAAGCAUACAAGGAUGCAGAA